AUGCAGAUUGCGCACUUUCCUGAGAUGGCGUUAUUUCAAACCGACAUCGAUGCGGAUGCGGGGACGGUGGUUGUCACGUACAAUCCUCCCUCAUCGGACGGGGAAGAAGCAAAGAAUGCAUCCAGACGGAUUGAGAUCCCCCUAGAUCCGGACGUCAAUGACCUCCAGCUCCGACGACUGGAUAUCGAUUUGCACAAAAGCCCGACAGCCGGAUACGACAUGGGAGUGCGGUACAACGACUGGUUCAGCGGGUGUUUUGGAUACCCUGUGGUUCUCGCCUAUCUCGGAUCACAUUCGAGAGAGGUUCUGGGCCGGUUUCCGCCAAGCAAACAGAAGCGAGCGCAAUCAUGGAACAGUCCUCUUUACAUACAGGGCGUCGGAGGUUUGGUGUUUCUUGUGGGGAUCUGCCUCGCCAACGGGAUGCCUUUGCUCGAGAGAAUCAUAAAUGGCGGAAUGCCGUCUGAGACUCUUCGCAUCCCGGCAGUUAUUCUCGCCAGUCUAGGGCUGGCAUGUUAUUACUUCUUCCGCGAUGAGAAGCAGGAUCAGAUCACCUUUGCGGACUGUGCACCGUACCUCGUCAUCUCCGAAACGUCAGUGGCGAACGUUUCAGGACGUCUACCGGACGGAGUAGAAAUGGAUCUCACCAAGUUCCGGCCGAACAUUGUGGUUUCUGGGGCUGAGACUGCUUUUGAGGAAGAUUUCUGGUCUACACUGACGAUUGGUCCUGCACGUACGCGACUGCGUCUAACGGCGAACUGCCUUCGCUGUCAGAGUCUGAACAUCGACUUCACCACGGGGAAGAUGAACAGUGGGUCUGGGAAUGUGUUGAAGACGCUGAUGAGUGAUCGGCGCGUCGAUCCAGGCGUGAAGUAUAGUCCUGUGUUUGGGCGAUAUUCGUUCUUGGACCCGAAGUGUAUCGAGGGGAAGAUUCGAGUGGGAGACGAGGUGGUUGUGGAAGAGAGGGCGUUGGAGAGAACGGUUUUUGAUUGGCCUGGUUUGACCAGCUAG